AUAUAUAGUUUGUAUAUGUACAAUUGUAUGGAGAAACCGAGUUGUGCUGAUGGCAAACCAAAUCAGUAUGAAAUCAGUUGAGAAGUAGACGAUACGAAAGACGGAUGCGCGAGAAAAUUUUUCGUAAAAAGAAGGACUGUAUCAGUUUUUUUUACUAGAUUCCAAAGAUAAAAGUGAAAAGAUAUUUCAUUUUCCUGUGAAUGUGAAAAGAUAUUAUACUAUCAAUAUCAGUCUUCUUAUCGUUUGUUAUCAGUUGAAGGUGAUAACGCUGAGUCUGAUUUUGGUGUACCUUGAGUUUUACUGGAUUUUUAUAAUUUUUCAUUGCCUAUAAGUAUCGAUGCAAGUGAACGAGAUAUUGUAUUGAUAACGCAACACAAGUAUCUGAAUACGAAUUUUUAUUGUAUUUAUUUUCAAUUCGUUGUGAUUUAAAUGAAAGUAUUAUAUUAAAAGUGUUCCUGAGUUUUGUAUUAAAAAAAAAUAUAAUAAUUAAUCAUUUUGGUUCUGUGAGAUUAAAAAUUAAUUAAAAUCUUAUCUGGUGCAUUUAUAGAAGUGUGUAUACGAAUAUAUUAUACCUAAAUACAAAUCAGGAGGCAAAUAUAUAUAAAAGAAAUAUAUAUUGCAAUUAUACAGUGCAAAAUUAAAUCAUAUCAAGUCAAGCUGAUAAGAAGAGAAAAAGAUUCUUUUGAAAAUCACUGAGAAAGAAAGGUGCAAUCAACUUGGUGUCAUUGGAACUGCCCCGUCACUUUAUCAGUCAUUAGUAUAUCUGUAUACAAUCUAUACAUGUAUAUUGAGUGCGUAGUGUCAUUGGCGGUGUGAAUACCGGCAAAUUAUCUUCUUUGGAAUACACAUUUGUCUAGUGAAAUAAAGUUAUGUCCUUGGCGAUGGUGUCAUCAUGACCGUAGCGAAAAUUCAUAAAUAUCGAUAUUGAUUAACAAAAUGAGGUGAUGAGUUUCAUCCGAUUUAACGAAAUGACGACCGCAUCACGAAAGGGAUUGAAUUUUACUAUUUGGAUAUUUAACAAUUAAACCACAUACUUGCCACGGAUAUAAAAUAAUUUGGAAGAAAUCCAGCAAAUUUACACACACGAGUUCAUCUCGACCGGAACGAGAAGAAAAGGAUUCUAUUUCUAUACCAUUAAGAUUCUGGAUUAUACAACAACAACAAGGAUAGAAGAAAAACAAAGUUUUACAAAAUGAACGAGCUAAAUUGGAUUUAUCGGACGAGACACAUUGUUUAUUCGCUUUCCAUUGUCCUGAUACUAUUGGCUGUAAUUGGACGAACAACAGGUCUAGCCAAUUGUCCGAUUGGUUGUAAAUGUGAUGAUGAAACUUUGGUGGUAAAAUGCGGAGAAGGACAUUUAGAUGUACUUCCGAUUGCCUUGAAUCCGUCGAUUCAAAGGCUAGUCAUAAAGAACAAUAAAAUUAAAACAAUUGAUUCAUCGAUUCAGUUCUAUGCGGAAUUGACUUUCCUGGAUCUGAGCUACAACCACCUGAUGAACAUCCCCCAGCGGACGUUCGCGUAUCAGAGGAAACUUCAAGAGCUCCAUCUGAACCAUAACAAAUUAGGAGCUAUCAAUAAUUUCACAUUCAUGGGAUUGCAAUCACUGACGGUCCUGAACUUGAGGGGGAACUAUUUGGACGAACUAGAACGAGGCGUUUUCUCGCAACUGACAAAGCUUGAGGAGUUGAAUCUUGGGGCGAAUCGGAUAAGCAAGAUAGACCCUACUGCCUUCAAUGGACUCGUUAAUCUACGAGUGUUGUACUUGGAUGACAACACCUUAACGAGCAUUCCGACCCCUACGUUCCAAGCUAUGCCCAGUCUGGCCGAGCUCUUCCUCGGAAGCAACUCAUUCCAGACAAUUCAAAAGGAGGCGUUCGUCGACCUGAAAGGAUUGAGCCGGCUUGACCUGAAGACAGCCGGUCUUUACAAUAUUUCACAUGAAUCCUUGAAGGGAUUAGAAGGAUUACGCAUUUUAGACUUAUCGGACAAUCGAUUGAACCGAAUUCCGACUGUGGAGUUGAGUACGUUAACUCGACUGGAGGAGUUAACUCUUGGUCAAAAUGUGUUUGAGGUAGUGCCAGAAGGUGCCUUUGUUGGUUUGACCAGUCUCAAAAAAUUGGAUAUUAGCGGUGGACUGAAUUUGAAGAGGAUCGAAAGUGGAGCUUUUGGUACGAAUACAAACCUAGAAACGCUUAUUAUCGCAUCAAACAAGAUUCUGACGGAGGUUCAAGAGGGUGCAUUGAGUGGCUUACCGCAUUUGAAACAUGUUACCCUUAGAGACAAUGCAUUAGCUACGUUGCAAGAAGGACUGUUUCAGUGGAAUGAUCUUCACACUUUGGACUUGUCAGAGAACGACAUAUCCUGCGACUGUAGGAUACUAUGGCUGAGGAACCUGCUAGUUUUGAAGAACGCAACGAAUGAUAAUAUCGCCAAUGUGCUGUGUAAAUCACCAGAAAGGCUGCGUGAUGAACCUCUACGAACGGUCAGUCCUGAACUCCUAGGAUGCGCACAUAGCGAUCCCCGGAAACAAGCCAUGAUUGGAGCUCUCCUUGUAGGAUCAGCAGCAACACUCACUGCCCUAGCUCUGAUAAUAUAUCGAUGUCGCCGAAAAAUCCGUGAAGUGCUCAAAGGUGGAUGGGGAAACAGCGCGUUGGGUCGCAAAGAGCGCGAAUACCAGAAGACUUUUUCCGAUGAAGACUACAUGGCCCGGCAUCAGCAUUCUUGCAAUUUAGGUGUCCAUCCGGCGUUUUCUGCCUACCCCCACCACAACAACCACCACUCAUCAAUACGACCAAUACCGGUGACGGAACUAUAGCUAGAAGCGCCACCACCUCCUCCACGGGGGAGGGGUGCCUCGCAGCAGCAAUUUCAGCAACUCCAAGUACCAACUUCGACUGCAUUAAAUAACGGUACUAACGGUUGCCCGCCAACAUUCCUACAGCUAAGUCAAGAUCAUCUGAUGAUGCAGCAGCACCAACAAGCACAACCCCAGCAACAUGCAGUGCUCAAAUCGAACAAUUCGAACACGAUGCCUCACCAAAAUCACUACAGCCAACCCCAGUUGAUCCUUAAUAAUCGCACGAAUAACAAUUUGAACUACGGCAAGCAUCACACCAUCGGCAGCGAUAACUACAUUCACCAGAACAGUCACUAUUCGCUACCCUUGGAACGGGACUGUGAACCACCCUCGCCUGCCCUUACACCCCCUCCUCCUGCGCUACCCAUGCGAAACGGUAGCAUAAAUAAUAGCAAUACAGCCGGUCGAAGGUCACUAACAUCGCGGCAUUAUCAUUGAUGAUCUUUUAGAAGUUAUUAGGUAUAGAAAUAUAAUUAAUAAUUAUAUUAUUACAAACAAUUUGAAAAGAUACUGAUACAAAAAUUAUUAAUUUAAAUAAUAAGCAGAAAACACACAAAAGCAUUACCACGAACAAGAGAAACUAUAGAAAGUGAAAAAUUGAGUCAUAGGAAUUUUACUAUAAACAAAAAAGAUACAUCCCAGGCGAUCACCAUCAGAGAAAAGUGACGCCGGGCAUAUUAGAUACAUAUGGGAGUUCGGGCUAAGCAAACAACCAAACAAUUGAAAACUAUCUUGCCCUCGAUAAAUAUUAAUUUAUUUUUUGUAAAACACACGAUGCUUUUCGCCCCCAUACAAAUUAAUGUCACGUAUUUUAUGAAACUUAUACUGUAAUUCCUAUACUAGCCGAAAAGAUGGUCAUCGGUUACCAUAGAGUUUCUGCUGGUCCACGACCUCCUAAAUCUCAUAUCAAUGAACCCUUCUGGGAACUUAAAGGAACCUAAACAGGACGAGGGACUCUAUACGACCCGAUGACCAUGCGACCACUAUUGAAAACUAAAAGCAAAAAUUUUGAAAAGCAACUCGAAAUCAAGGAGAUCAGUCAAAAAGUCAUAAAAGAUAAACUUACGGAACAAAAAGAUAUAAUAUUUGUGAACAUUUAACAAAGGAUGAAAAGGAAACAAUUAAAAGACUUGUAAAUUUUGUAAUUGUGUAAAUAUAUACAACCAAUUAAUUAUUAUUGAUAAUAUUAUAAGUGAAUAAAAAAAUAAGUUACUUUUAGACUAUUGUUUUCUAAGUAUAUGGAGCCGAAGGGUGGGGGUUGUUUAAAUUGGGAGAAUUGUUACAUAAAGUCAAUGUUCUUGAGCCAAACUACACAAAAACCCUUCUGGAAUAACUUGUACUAAUUCUUCCCAUCUCAAACCAUCCCCCACCUCCUCGGCUGGAGACGCAACAAUUCCAGUGAUUUUACUUACGUAAGAAAUAAAACCGACACAAACGAGAUGAAAAAAAAAAAAUAGAAUACACACGAAAAAAAUA